GCGUGGCCCUGUCUGUCUGUCCGUCUGUCCGCGCCCAGGCCUCGCCCCACCCCGGCCCUAGAGCUGCCCGUCUGCCCCCCUACCCGCCGCAGCAGACCCCCUCUUUCUGGGCCAGUUCCCUCUGCAGGCCACGAAUCCAGCCGCGCCGCUGCUGUCCCAAACCCUGGGCCGGCACCCCGACAUCGGGGGGGUGCGCUUGCAGCCGGAUCGGAUCCAGAGAUUCUGCAACCCCCGAGCGUGGGACCCUGAUCUGAGAUCAGCACCCUGAGAUCCUGCCAUGGAACCCUAAGAUCUGGACCUUGAACCUCAAUAUCUGAGGCUGGAAUCCCGACAUCUGUCCCUGGUACCCCAAGAUUUGGAAACUGAACCCCAUGGUUUUGGAACAUGGACCCCAAAAUUUGGAGCUGGAACCCCAAGAUUUGGCAUCUAAGCCCCCCAAUUUGGAGCUGAACUCUGAAUUGUCUGGCUGAUAUCUUGACAUCUGGGAGCGAAUUCCCAAACCUAUACCAGGGACCCCACUAUUUUAGGAACUAAACCCUGGGAUUUAGGCCUUCAAUUCCAAGAUCUGAACCAUGGAAUUCCGAGGGGCCUGAAGUCCUUGCUGCAGACCUGAGUGCUGAAAUUGGGGCUAGAGACCUCCAAAUCUUGACUCAGCACCCUAGUAUCUGAGCAGCAUCCCAAUAUCGGAUUCUAGGACUGGACUUGAAACUCAGACCCUAAACUUCCCCAUCUGGCUGUUUGGUACCUCAAGCCUGGCGCUGAGACAGCCUGGUCCUGAACAGCCGCUGGAGGCUUGGUCUCUAAAACUGGACCCUAGAGGCCCGAUUUUAGUGGCACAGGACCCCGAGAGUCAAGUUUGGAGACUCCAUAACCACGGAUUUGAGCUGAGACAGGACAGUGCCUCCACAGAGCUCUGGAGGCAGGAGAGGCUUAACCAGAUGCCCCCUCCGGAGUUCUGACCUCUCACCCCCCUGGAGCCUGAGGACUCUGCUCCUUGGGGUGGCUUCCAGCUCAGGCCACCCCUGCCCGCGAUGGCCGUCCUCCCACUGCUCCUCUGCCUGCUACCGCUGGCCCCUGCCUCAUCGCCACCCCAGCCGGCCACAUCCAGCCCCUGUCCCCGCCGCUGUCGCUGCCAGACCCAGUCGCUGCCCCUAAGUGUGUUGUGCCCAGGGGCGGGCCUCCUGUUCGUGCCGCCCUCACUGGAUCGCCGAGCGGCAGAGCUGCGCCUGGCAGACAACUUCAUCGCGGCAGUGCGUCGCCGUGACCUGGCCAACAUGACAGGCCUGCUGCAUCUGAGCCUGUCUAGAAACACCAUCCGCCACGUGGCAGCUGGCGCCUUCGCCGACCUCCGUGCCCUGCGUGCCCUGCACCUAGACGGCAAUAGACUGACCUCGCUGGGCGAGGGUCAGCUGCGUGGCCUAGUCAACUUGCGCCACCUCAUCUUGAGCAACAACCAGCUGGCAGCCCUGGCAGCUGGUGCCCUGGACGACUGUGCGGAGACCCUGGAGGACCUCGACCUCUCCUAUAAUAACCUUGAGCAGCUGCCCUGGGAGGCUUUGGGUCGCCUGGGCAACGUCAACACGUUGGGCCUUGACCACAACUUGCUGGCUUCGGUGCCUGCCGGAGCCUUUUCCCGCCUGCACAAACUGGCACGGCUGGACAUGACCUCCAACCGCCUGACUACCAUCCCACCCGACCCUCUCUUCUCCCGCCUGCCGCUGCUUGCCCGGCCCCGAGGCUCGCCGGCCUCCGCCCUGGUGCUGGCCUUUGGGGGAAACCCUCUCCAUUGCAACUGUGAGCUGGUAUGGCUGCGCCGCCUGGCUCGGGAAGACGACCUCGAGGCCUGUGCCUCGCCACCGGCUCUAGGGGGCCGCUACUUCUGGGCUGUGGGCGAGGAGGAGUUUGUGUGUGAGCCGCCAGUGGUGACCCACCGCUCACCUCCCCUGGCAGUGCCUGCUGGUCGGCCAGCUGCCCUGCGAUGUCGGGCGGUAGGCGACCCAGAGCCACGAGUGCGUUGGGUGUCACCCCAGGGUCGGCUGCUGGGCAACUCCAGCCGCGCUCGUGCCUUCCCUAAUGGGACUCUGGAGUUACUGGUCACUGAGCCGGGAGACGGUGGCGUCUUCACCUGCAUCGCAGCCAACGCCGCUGGGGAGGCCACCGCUGCGGUUGAGCUGACCGUGGGCCCCCCUCCACCUCCCCAGCUAGCCAACAGCACCAGCUGUGACCCCCCGCGGGACGGGGAUCCUGAUGCCCUCACCCCGCCCUCUGCUGCCUCAGCCUCCGCCAAAGUGGCGGACACGGUGGCCCCCACUGACCGUGGCGUCCAGGUGACUGAGCAUGGGGCCACAGCUGCCCUUGUCCAGUGGCCAGACCAGAGGCCUGUCCCGGGCAUCCGCAUGUACCAGAUCCAGUACAACAGCUCUGCAGACGACAUCCUUGUCUACAGGAUGAUCCCGGCAGACAGUCGCUCAUUCCUGUUGACCGACCUGGCAUCAGGCCGCACCUAUGAUCUGUGUGUGCUUGCGGUCUAUGAGGACAGUGCCACCGGGUUGACGGCCACACGGCCAGUGGGCUGCGCUCGGUUCUCCACGGAGCCCGCACUACGACCAUGCGCGGCCCCCCACGCACCCUUCCUGGGCGGCACCAUGAUCAUCGCGUUGGGAGGCGUCAUCGUGGCGUCAGUUCUGGUCUUCAUCUUUGUGUUGCUUCUACGCUACAAGGUGCAUGGUGGCCAGCCACCGGGCAAGGCCAAGGCCUCAGCUCCUGUCAGCAGUGUUUGCUCCCAGACCAAUGGAGCCCUCGGCCCAGUGCCCAGUGCCCCUGCCCCAGAGCCUGCUGCGCCCAGGGCCCAUACUGUGGUCCAACUGGACUGUGAACCCUGGGGACCCAGCCACGAACCUGCGGGACCCUAGCCGGGGGCCCACCUCUGUGGAUCCUCUGGCCCCGGGGCCAGCAGGAUCCAGACACCCCUCGGGACCUGGCCUCAGACUCACCAAAUUGCUCACAGUUUUUAAAACUCUGAUGGGGAGGGUGUCGGGGCAGCGGGGCACAACAAGAAAGUCCUAUUUUUCUAA